CUAGGAACUAUCGUAGCGCGUCAACGUGCAGGUCGGACCGUAAUCACAGACACACCGGCACUUCGCAGAUUAGUGCAGAUUUACUGCAUGCUGGACGACAUAUCCAAUAAUGUUUUAAAGGAUUUCUUAAUCUAAAAUUGCGUAUUCCUUAAAAAAAUAUCUUAGUAAUGGAGGAAGAUGAUGAAUGUCCGGAGUUAGUUCCCAUUAAGGAGAAUACCGGACCCACAGCUCAGAUACCCGUUACUAUAAUCACUGGAUACUUAGGUGCUGGCAAGACGACGCUUUUAAACUACAUAUUAACAGAGCAGCAUAAUAAACGAAUAGCCGUCAUACUCAAUGAAUUUGGUGAAGGCAGUGCUUUGGAGAAAUCUCUAGCUGUAAGUCAAGCUGGAGAGCUUUAUGAAGAGUGGCUGGAGCUGAGAAACGGCUGUCUCUGCUGUUCUGUAAAAGACAAUGGGUUAAAAGCCAUUGAAAAUCUAAUGGAGAAAAAAGGAAAAUUUGACUACAUUCUUCUAGAGACAACUGGUUUGGCAGAUCCAGGAGCUGUCGCAUCCAUGUUCUGGGUUGAUGCUGAAUUAGGAAGUGACGUUUACCUUGACGGUAUUGUUACUGUCAUUGAUGCUAAAUAUGGAAUGCAGCACAUAACAGAGGAGAAGCCAGACGGUCUGAUCAAUGAGGCUGCUAGGCAGAUAGCACUUGCUGAUCUGACCAUCAUCAAUAAGACAGAUCUGGUGCAUGAGGCUGAGCUAGGACAGCUCCGAGAUGCAGUGAGAUCAAUUAAUGGGCUUGCAAAAAUUUUGGAGACACAAAAAUCAAGGGUUGAUCUGUCUAAAGUAUUAGAUUUGCAUUCUUUUGACACCAAAGAUGGAGUAAGGCUCGCUGAAAAGAUGCAGCUGGUGAGAACUAACCAACCACAUCUAGACAAGACUAUGCUGACGAUAACAUUUGAAGUACAAGGCAGCGUUUCGGAGGAGCUAUUAAAUACAUUCAUUCAGAACCUUCUAUGGGAGAAGUCCUUUAAGAACAAAGCAGGCUUGCCAAUGAUCGUUAUUCGAUUAAAGGGGAUCAUUUCCCUUCAGGCGAAACAGAAGAAAGUAAUGUUGCAGGGAGUCCAUGAGCUUUAUGAAAUGGAUGACACUACAGAAUUAUGGGCAGAUCACGAACCAAGAAUCAACAGACUCAUCUUCAUAGGUCGAAACCUUGAUGGGGAAAUUCUGAAGAAAGAGUUCAUGUCUGUUUUGUCAAAUAAACACAGCAUGGAGUAGAUGA